GCUUCCUCGCCGUCUCCUCCUCCUCCUCCUCCUCGCACGUGCGCGGCCUCGCUCCUUAACACGCGCCAGCCGAGCCGCUCGCCGGAGUGCCUGUCUCUUUUUUCGCUGCUCUUUCCCCCGGAGGAAGGCCUGUUUCCGGUUUCUUUGGUUUCGCCGGCCGGCUCCGGUGCCCGCCGCGGAGAGUUGCCUGCAGCCGUUCCCGUGCGAUCCCGGCCAGAGUAAAAAUCUGCCUCUUCCGCGCGCCGGCGAAUCACCAGCCCGUAGCGGUGGUGUCUGCAUCCCGACCUCGAUCUCGGCGACCUGUACGACGCCGAGAUUCGCAGCUCGCAUGGCUUCCAUGGCGCACGCGGAGGAAAGCGAUGGGCUGGACUCAUCUGGCUUGCCGAUCAACAAAGGGCUGAUGGUGGAUGUCAUCAAACCUCCGGCGACGGAUGAUGCGACCGCAACGCAGCCUAAGGAGGAGGGGGUGGGUGGGCAUCCUGUCAAGGCUAGGAAGCCGUAUACGAUCACGAAGCAGCGGGAGAAGUGGACGGAGGAAGAGCACGAAAAGUUCCUGGAGGCACUGAAGCUGUAUGGCCGGUCCUGGCGUCAGAUACAAGAACACAUUGGCACAAAGACCGCUGUCCAAAUUCGAAGCCAUGCUCAGAAGUUUUUCUCAAAGGUGGUGCGUGAACCUGCAGCUAAAAUAGCGAUUGAGAUUCCUCCCCCUAGGCCAAAGAGGAAACCACUGCACCCAUAUCCUCGCAAGUCUGCGAAUUCCUCCAAUGGGGCAAAUGCAGUGACUGGGCAGCAGAAGCUUGCUCCUGUUUCAUCUUCCUCUGGUUCAGACCAAGAGAAUGGCUCUCCGGUGUCAGUGCUAUCUGCAAUGCAGUCAGAUGCCUUUGGAUCAUCGAUGUCAAAUCCGUCAACCCGGUGUACCUCUCCCGAGUCAUCGGAUGAUGAGAAUAUUGUCCCUCUGAUGAUGAGUGAAGAGGAAAAUGUGCCUCGUCAAUUAACAGGGAAAGAUGAAUCCCAGAAGGACACUAACCAGGACAACAAAGACACUGUUAUGUCUGAGGAGGACUCUUCUGAUGAGGUGCAGGAAACAAGUCUGAAGCUGUUUGGGAAGACUGUGGUCAUCCCGGACCCCAGGAAAAGAUGUUUGUCAGGACACGAAAAGGGUGAGAAAAUCUCACAAUCCUCUAGCAAAGCAACAUCACAAGCCCCGUCAGUUGGAGAGAUUCUUCCAGCAUAUGCUGCGCCAAAUGAGUGGGUUCUUCCAUACAAUUCGUACCCACUCCAUCUCGGCGAACCAGCAACCCCUUUACAUGUAUGGUGGCCCUACUAUGGGUUUCCAGUUGGCCAUCCAAGAGGACCACCGAGCACCGUGACGCACAACGAAGUUGCCGAUGUGUGUGAUGCUGUGAAGAGCCCUCUGGUCGAGUCAAGCUCGGACGACUCGGACGACAACACUCAAACAGCAAGCAAGAAGUGGAAAGCACUUGAGCCGCUUCGGAUGGGCCAGGUCCCUCGGUCAGCUUCGACAUUCGAGCUGAAGCCAAGUAUGAACUCGGCCUUCGUAAGAGUGAAGCCGGUCAGCGGCGGCGAUCAGCCGGUAAGGGGAUUUGUGCCGUACAAAAGGUGUAGAGCCGAAUAACCAAAGCGGGGGAGACUCCCCCGCGUCUUCUAAUUUUAACUACGAACAAUCAUCGGAGCCUGUUCCACAUAUUCUUCUUGCUCCGGUGUAUUCUUCUUAGUCAUUUACUCGCAGAGAUUGGCGGUCUGGUCAGGGUGAUGCCUCGUUGUUUCCUGCUCGCGCUCUUCCUAGAAGAGCGGCUGCGUGCAGUUGCUGUAAGUGUAGGCUGAAAGAAAAGGUUUUGUAGGGAUAUGCCAAGUCUCUGAUAUUGUCUAAUGUUGUUGUAAAAGGAAAAAAUUCUUAUGUUGCUCUUGCUGAAAGCUGUUGAUUCGCAAUGGAAAUCGAUUUGUAGA